UAACUCCAAUAUUCAUCACGCAAAAAUCAAACUCCUUAUGCUAACGUAAAUAAAUACCGUACUACUCUUAUUCGGUGUCUCCGCCAUUAACAAGGGAUGUGCUAUAGAUUACCAACCUUAUUCUUCCCAAUUCAUCUUUUUUUUCUUUUCCUAUCUCAGUUCUCUCUCUGUCUCUCAAUUAUCAUAGCUCUCUAGUGAUGAAUUAGUCUAGUUACCAAGUAUAAAUUGAGGCAAAAAAUAAAAAAAAUAAAAAGAAAUAAGAUACAUUCCAGGUGUAUGAAAAUGAGCACCAAGGUUGGGAAAUGGAUAUCGGUGGGCAGGUACAUUAUUAGAGCACCACUAAAGUUUCUGAGUAGAGCCCGGGAUUUGUACGUCAAAAGCUUCACUGACUGUUCAACAAAUGUCCCCGUCGACCAUUAUGCCACUGCCGGUUUUAUGGGAUUUCCUCCAUCUUCAUCUUCCGAGUUUUCGAAAUAUUUAUCCCACAUCAGUAACGUCAAUUCUUCCGAAUCGAAAAAGAGUGACGAUUUCGGUAAUUUAAUCAGGGUUGCUUCUUCGGCCAGUAGUACUACUGUCGGGAGGAAAACUGAUCAGUCGAAGCUUCUCAGAGAAAAUGAUCAGUCAAAGCAAUCCAACUUUGUUCCCCCCAGGAGUAGGAGCAGAGUGGCAGUAUAUGGAAGGAUUGAUGAGAACGAGACUUACGAUGAUGAUCUGUCUGCGGAAGACAUUCAGUUGAUUCCUGGUCAUCGUGUCUUUCCUAGAAGCAGAAGCCAUGCCAUUUCAACCAGAUCAAGAGCUUUCCGAACUAGUUUUUAGCCCCAAUAAUUUGAGGGUGAAAGAAAGUAAUGAUGGAAUUAACUGGAGCGCCGGACUUGUCCACCUCCCGGCCAAUUCUCUCCUUCCUUCUUCGGUUGGAGUUUUCAGAUUACUCUUUUGGGUGGGUUGUUAGUUGUUUUGGAGCACUUUUACUUUUUCCAUUUUGAGGUCAAGUAAUGUCAAUAUCAUUGAUCAUCAACCCCCACACACAUGUAAUGCCUGCUUUCAUUAAUUCCAUGUGAGAAAAGCAC